GUUUCCGCUUCCGGCAGUACAAGGAUCCCUGUCGAGAUGGAGGAAGAUGCGAACCGAGUUUGUCUGUCGCUGGGAAUGGAGGGGAGUGCGGGGACCGCAGUCUAGGAGUCCAGGACUGGAGUUCUCAGACGCGGCCGAACCGCCGGGGUCUGAGAAGGUAAGCGACAACGGUGCUUGGGUGCUUUGAGGAAUCAGAGGUACCUAAGGACCGACUUGUCGAGGAGGCAGCGGACGUCUGCUCUGCGGGGCUACAUCGCCAUGGGAGGCCGCCCUGCAAUUUUGGCUACGAAAGGCAAAUCCGGCGAGGCUUUCUGGCAUAGGAGCAUGAGAAUCUGACAACUAGCGAAGCAUGGCGAGGAGCAUACCCAGGGACCCCGAACUGGCUGUGCAAGAGCCGGACCGAAGGUCUCCGGGCACAAUGGAGGACAAGCGGAACAUCCAGAUCAUCGAGUGGGAACACCUGGACAAGAAGAAGUUCUAUGUGUUUGGUGUGGCAAUGACGAUGAUGAUCCGCGUUAGCAUGUACCCGUUCACCCUCAUUCGCACCCGGCUGCAGGUUCAGAAGGGCAAGAGCCUCUACCAUGGGACCUUUGAUGCCUUUGUCAAGAUCUUGCGAGCAGAGGGAGUGGCUGGCCUCUACCGGGGCUUCCUGGUCAACACCUUCACUCUCAUCUCUGGCCAAUGCUAUGUCACCACUUAUGAGCUUACCCGGAAAUUUGUAGCCGACUACAGCCAGAGUAACACAGUGAAAUCACUGGUAGCUGGCGGCUCGGCCUCCCUCGUGGCCCAGAGCAUCACAGUGCCCAUAGAUGUGGUCUCCCAGCACCUGAUGAUGCAGCGCAAGGGCGAGAAAAUGGGUCGCUUCCAAGUUCCUGGGAACCUAGAGGGACAAGGGCUCAUUGCCUUUGGUCAAACUAAGGACAUCAUCAGACAGAUCCUGCGGGCUGAUGGGCUUCGAGGUUUCUACCGAGGCUAUGUGGCCUCACUGCUAACGUACAUCCCAAACAGUGCUGUGUGGUGGCCCUUUUAUCACUUCUAUGCAGAGCAGCUGUCGCGCCUGUGUCCUCAGGACUGCCCUCACAUUGUCUUCCAAGCCGUCUCCGGGCCCCUGGCUGCAGCCACUGCCUCCGUCCUCACCAACCCUAUGGAUGUCAUCCGAACCCGUGUGCAGGUUGAAGGCAAGAGCUCCAUCAUCCUGACCUUCAGACAGCUGAUGGCAGAAGAGGGACCUUGGGGCCUCAUGAAGGGCCUCUCUGCUCGAAUCAUCUCGGCUACACCCUCUACUAUCGUCAUCGUGGUGGGCUACGAGAGCCUCAAGAAACUCAGCCUCCGACCUGAGCUGGUGGACUCAAGACACUGGUAGCCAAUGGCGGACAGAAAGGCUGUGGUUUCACACAUUCUUCUGGGCCAGGGUAGAGCAGGGAGGAGAGUAUCCUUGUGAAUGCCACCACGACACACCCAUCUUGCUUCUGGCCCGCUGACCUAUCUGGGACAAUACGAGAAACUUUGGACGGCUCUUGCUGAGGAGGUCCUGUGCUGGCUUCCUUGUUCCCAGAUCUGGGCCCCUCACUAGGUCCUCAUACCCAGUCACGGCCUGAAGAUCAACCUCCACAGGACCCUGCUGGCCCCUUGCUGAUGCCCCUCUCUCUGUGUCAGCCCCUCAGGCCUGGAGAGGAGCUGCUAUAGAGUUUGCUUGUCCCCUGCUUUUCCAUCGUAAGACUUUUAAGUCCUGACAGCUUCAGGCCUACUGUCAGAAGCCCUCCUCGGAGAAGUGGAAAACUGUGACGUCGAUCCCAGUUCUUUAUCCCUUUAUUUCUUAUGCUUGCUUAAAUUUGGAACCGAGUUGUCCACUGGACUACUCUGCUUUGCCCUACCUUUGGGGACAAAUGGGGGCAGGGCACUCUGCAGGGCGUUCGUCUUCUCUGGGAGCUACUAAGAUGGAGAAAUGCCAAGGCUUCAUUUGGUUUGUAUAGUUGAACAUCUGUGAAGCAGGCAACUAGUCCUGACAGCAUCGGGUCUACUGUCAGAAGCCCUCCUCGGAGAAGUGGAAAACUGUGACGUCGAUCCCGGUUCUUUAUCCCUUCCCUUCCCUUUUAGGCCGGGGACACUGAAGACAAGAAUGGGCUGUUGGCCUCCACUGGGACUACAGUGGAGGGCGCAGUCCUAAGUGGAUCAAACUUACACUGGAACAUUUCCCUGAAGCCAGGUUGAGAAAGCCACUGGCUUGGCAAGUAAUGAGAGGUGCGUGUUCCUCACUGCUCUCUCCUCAGGCCAGCUGAGCCAAGCCCCGGAGGCAGCAGUGGAGGCGCUGAGCCCCAGGCAGCAAUGCCACUUACAUACCUGUCCCCCAGAUGAACAACAGGUGUCUCCCAGCGGGACUCUGGAAUAUGAACUGCCCUUGUUUUUCUUGUCCUUGGUUGUGAAGUGUCAUCCUAGUCAUGGUACCCUGUGGUGGCAGCAGAAGAAAGAACAGUCAGGAAGACACCCAAGGCCAGGCCCACUUCAGUGACCAGCCUCAUACUGCCAAAAUUGUUGAUGCUCCCGCAGGGGCUUCUUCCCAGCCUCCACCAAGCCUAUCCAGAGAAACAUGGCCCGUGGAGUGGGAAGAAGGCAGUCAAAUUGCCUACUUAAGAUGAUGGCCUGGGUGAUGCUUUCAACCUUUUUUAGUGGUCCCAUGCCUUGGGAAACGUCAUGGUGCCAAUCUGGAAGGUGCUAGCUAACUGAAGCCUUCUCGUUUCUCAUGGCUGCUCCACAUUCUUCCAUCCUGAGUAGGAGCCAUCUCUGUACUGACCUCUGUAGUCUAUUCUCGUUUCCUCUUGAAGACGCGUCCUAGGCUGGGUUUGAUUCACCACGUAGCAGAGGAUGACCUUGAACUCUUGAUCCCCCCCCCCCCACACACCUCCUGAGUUCUGGGUUUACUGUGUGCUGCUAGGCCUCACUUCCUGCACUUUAUUGCUAGAGUCCCCCAAUUUUGUCCAUAGUCAUCUGAAGGGCAGAGCCCACAGAUCAUUUUAAAUCUUUUUACUCCUCACAUCCACCCAAGUACUGUCAAUACAAUGGAAGCAAGGACCCCCACACCACAAGCUUUUCUGAGCGUGACUUCUUGAGUCAGUCUCUCAUCUUUCUUUGAGCCUUCCUUACUGGGGCAGAGUGCGGACACCACGGGAGGGUCCUGCUUCUCAAGCCUUAGGCUAUUUCUUCCUCCUGACUUCAUUAUUUUUUCUUUCUUUCUUUCUUUUUUUUUUUUUUUGACAGGGUUUCUCUGACUUCCAUUUUCUUGUGCAGUGUGUAGUCUCUCCCGCUCCUGUCGAUUCUCCUCCCUUUCCUUAGGCACCCUGUCCUGACCCCUACUUUCUUAUCCGAAGUCAGGGACUAGAAUAGGCCAGUGGGCGCCCGUCUUUCCAAAACUGGAGAGCAAGACAGCUAGAAAUUUCAACCUGUUGGUCCAUAACCUAUUUUAGAAACUCGAAAAGACUGGAAAACAUGGGGAAGAAAAUGCACUUAAGCAUUUGAUAAAAAUGGACUAUCGAGGAUAUUAGCAGCGAAUAUUCACUGUUGCACUGUAUGAAAUCUUUGAAAUGUAAUUAAAAGUUUUUAUUGAGGCCCCAAA